UCGGCCGCGAAAAGUUGGAAAUAUCAGAGAAUCCAGGGAGCUGUUCAUAAAGUCCCAAAAAUUCAUUUUCGGAUCGAAAGAAGUAAAAAUAUUACGAAAAAUAUUUUACAAAAGCCUUAAAUUUAUUUUGGGCAAGCAACAGUUAUAAUUUAAAGAAAAAAGAGAAGGAGGAGUAAAGUUUUUAUCGCGCGCGGUUGUGCGUCGCUUUUCGUCUGCGAUUUGGCGAUUUACGAUUCGAGAUUAGCGAUUGUUGUGGCCGAUUCUGGGUUUAUUCGAAUUGAAUUUCAACCGUCGGGAAUUUUGCCAAACGCGAAAAUGCAAGAGUUUUCAAAUUAGCCGAACCCAAAGGACAGAAGCGUAAGGAAUAUUCGCCUUUUUCACGUGUUUGCUAUCGCCCUCUCUUUCGGACGCGCGUGUGUUUGUGAAUGUGCGUUAUUAUUUUUUUAUCACUCCGAUCAAUCGAAUAACACAUCAAAAAUUCCAGAAGGGAAUAAUAUUUCGAGUGCCGUUUUUUUUGUUGUACCACCAAAAUUAUUACAUUUUUUUAUCGUGUUCAAGUGUGCUGUUUUAUAUUUUGGAAAAUACAACAACCAAUAGAGGGGAGAGGCAAAUAAGAAAGGAGAAAUAAGAAAAAACAAGUUGAAAGAAAUUUAAAAAAAAACCGGAUUCCCGACAGAAACAAAAACAACUAAAGAAGCAGCAUCAAAGAGAAGAAAAGGAAGAAGCAGCAGCACAGGCUUCAACUUCCAGUAUUUCCAUUCGUUGUAGUUGUUGCGCACACGCACUGGAAGCCCCGAAGAGAGGAGGAUCACUUCAGGCAGCUGCUCUCUCUCUCUCUGGAAAACUGGCGAAAAGGAGAAGAUCGCUACGGGGAGAAUCGACAGUAUAAUCGACGGCAUAUCAGGCACAUCAGCAGCAGCGGCAGCAUACGUCGCUAAUUGCAACACCACAUCGGACCAGCAAGCGCCACAGCAGCAACAUCAGAAGGCCAGUUGCCCCAGAAUUCAUCCGCCUCCGUGGCACCUGGCGUCCAUCAGCGCCUCCGGCAAAACAAACGGAAAUCCCAGCCAUAAAAAGUAACCCACAGUCAUCAUGGCUCACUCCAAGGUGAUCCUGAAGAUCCUGUUUUCGCUGUGCGUCUGGUCCUUCGUCAUCAUCGGGCUGUUCAAGAUGCACGGCACGAAUCUGGUGCCGCAGGAGUACCAGCAGGUGCCCCUCAACGGACGCAUCCUGCUGCAGAAGGACAUGCGGUACGCAGAGACCACCUCCACGACCACGGAUCACUUCGAUCCCAGCGAGAUACUGGUGGACAAUCGAACAGCCAUGGACGAUGACCAGCUGGUCCGCGACGUGGAGUCGCGCAUCCCCUCGCUGCCGAUCGCCUACUGGAGCAAGAACAAGAACUUCCUACAGCAGAAGUCCUCCACAUGCGCCAAGUACCCCUCCAUUUUCGAGCUGGAGUUCAACAACAUCUACUGGCAGACGCUGCGCACCUCGAACGGCACGUUCCAGCUGUUCGGGGCCUACUACGACAUCCGGCGCACCUCGCUGCUGGGGCCCACUGUGCGGAUCCUCGGGAUGAUCGACCGGAUCGAGCCCAAGGUGAAGACCUACUGCCAGUUCUGGUUCGACGGCCAGAAGGAGCCGUUCAUCGUGAAGACGUUCGAGUACAAGUACAUCUGGUACAACAAGUGGGGCAACUACAAGCAGGGCAUCUACCAGCCGUACCUGAUCGCCUGCCAGAUCCCCAAGCCCUUCCACGGCGUGGUCCCCAGCUCCGUGUCGAUGGUGGAGAAGGAGUGCGACACGGCCACCAACAAUCUGCGGGUGAUCUACAACCGACCGCCCGACGACCAGAAGAAGGGAUUCGCCGUCUGUGUCAAGGGACUGGACUUCCUCUACGACGACCUGAGUGUGCGCCUAAUCGAGUGGAUCGAGAUGCUCAACAUCCUGGGGGCCGACAAGAUCUACUUCUAUAAUCUCCAGGUCCACCCUAACAUCACCAAGGUGCUCAACCACUACGAGCAGGAGGGCAAGGUGCAGGUGAUCCCACUGACCCUGCCCGGCGGUCAGCCGAACGUACCCGGAUUCCAGCACCUCUACCUGACCAAGAAGACGAACCACAAGCGCCAGAACGAGGUGAUCCCGUACAACGACUGCCUGUACAAGAACCUCUACCUAUACGACUACAUCGCCCUGCUGGACAUCGACGAGGUGAUCAUGCCCAAGGGCGGAGCCGUCCUGUGGUCGGAGCUGAUGGACAAGGUGCGCCCGGAGUCGCGCAAGAUCAAGCCCGACGGCUUCCACAGCUACAACUUCCGCAACGUGUACUUCCUGGACGACCAGCAGCACGAGCAUGGCUGGCACAAGGACAUCCCCAAGUACAUGCACAUGCUGCAGCACGUCCACCGGGCCAAGAACUAUACCAAGCCGAAUCAGUACGUCAAGUGCUUCCACGACCCGGAGCGCGUGCUCACCCUGCACAAUCACUUCCCGCUGAGCUGCUUGGGCGGGGUGUGCAAGUCCUAUCCGGUGGACACGCAGGACGCCCAGCUGCAGCACUAUCGGGCGGACUGCGUCAAGACGCUGAAGAAGAGCUGCGAGGAGUACCGGGAGCACUCGGUGGAAGACAAGACCAUUUGGAAGUACAAGGACGAGCUGAUCCGACGCACCAUCAAGGCGCUGGACACCCUGGGCUUCUUCCGUCGCCAAGGCCUGAACUCCGGCUCGGGAUCGGGCAGCAGCAGCAGCGGCCUGGGCGGUGGAGCCACCACGCACUCCACGGAGCGGUGAUUCACACUCCUCGGGGGCGGAGGAGGCGGAUGGUCCUGGCCCUGGCAAUUGGUUGAAGCAUCCGGCGGCAGCCUCGGCAACGAGGAGUUCUUUGUGUGAGGCGGUCCAAGGAUGCCGUGAGUUCCUCACUCCGAAUCCGAAUCCAAAUCCGAGUCCGAAUCCGAAUCCGAACCCAGAACCCGUCCUCUAAUCCCUGAAUUUCUGUUGCGCGGAGAUAACUCGUCUCUGAGUUUAGUUAGUAUGCCCAUGUUUCCCAUCCAGAACCCAUAUGACAGAAGGCACUGUUUUUGAUUGAAUUUCGAUGGGAUUUUUAUUUGCGAAAGCCAAACCGUUGAUAAGAGCCAUUCAAUUGAGUAUCACAUAUAAGUUAAUAAUGCUUUUAUGAAAUUUUUAAUAUCCCCAGGGAUUGUGAAAUGAUUCACUUCUUAAGUUUUAGAGUUCCAUUAAAAUCAGGGACAGAAACAGGGUCUACUGGAGUAUGGCUAGUGUAUAGAAAAGGCGUUAGUUAGUCGCGGAAUUGGGAGAGAACACUUUUGAAAUUGUGCCUUCGAACCUGGAUUGUAGUGAGUCCCGUCCCGUCCUGUCCCCGCCCCCCCCUUAAAUCCCAUCCUUACAUCCCAAUAAUGUAUUUCCAUUCACAAAAAAACAAAAAAAGACACAAGGUCACAACUUUUCAAAAAACGAGACCCACAAUAUUUGCUUGAGCUCACAACGGAAAGGAGAAACCGUAGCAAAGUGAAGGAAACCUAAACUAAGUUCAAGACUGAUGAUGUUUAUUAAGAAUUAUAAAAUCGAAAGAGGGAAUUUCAAGCGAAUUUUGUUUCACAUUUGGAUAGAAUCGAUAUUAUUGUUGUUGUAUAGGCAAGUAAUGGCCCCCUAAAAAAUCGCAAGCGAAAAAUAUCACUAAUGCUAAGCAAAAGAAAACUAAAACACACUAUAAACUAAAAAUACAAAGCAAAUUGAACAAGUUUGAGUUGUAAACUGUAAAUAGGAAAAUUGUUAACGAAAAAGAAAAAGACGAGGCCCUAAAGAUAAAGCUAACUAUAUGCGGAUUAGGCCGAUUAAAAUCGGAUAAACUAGCAGGAUAUUGAAAAGGGGAAGACGAGAAUAAGAGAAGCUGCUCAACCCAAUCUUUUUAUGGUGUUUGACCCCAAUCGCCACCCAUUACCAUAUGUUUUUUAACUUGUACAUACACCUACACAUGCACCACACUCAAAGCAAGCACACAGAUACACCACGCACAUUUCCUUAUGUAUUCUAUUUUAUUUUAUUUUAUUUUAAUUUUUUUAUAGCAGCUUAGUCAAAUUGUUGUUGGAGUUGAGGAGAGUCGUGUACAGUUUGGGCAUUCUAUGCUCCCACUAAAACUAUUCGAUAGGUGUACGACUAUGCAUAAAAAACACAAAUACAUAUACAUAUACAAAUACAGAUACAGAUAUACAGAUAUACAGUAUAGAUACAGAUACAUACUUCAGUGUAUUAAUGUUAGUUACUAGCUGAUAAGGACAACCCGUGUGAAGGAAACCCAAUUUUCUUUGCUCGUUUUUUUUUGCGUAGCUAAUAAACCACAAUUGAUAUGAGAACAAAGUGAUUAAAGAAUAAAAUUUACAAAAAAAUAUUAAUAACUAA